AUGUCGACCCAUGACCACACUUCGCCGUACGCCAACGGCAAUGGCAACGGCAACCAGCUCGAUUUCCAGCAGUCGAGCAGUUCGGGUCCGCUGCGCACAAAUGAUACCAAGGCUGACGACAGAGACAAAAAGGGUCCCAUCGCCGCACCUGUCAAGAGCGCAUGCACCUUUUGCCGAUCUCGCAAGUCGCGCUGCGACGGCAACAAGCCGUGUUCCGCCUGUGUAGGCCGCGGCCGCCCAGAUGAAUGCCUCUACACCGUUUCGCGUCGAGGCGGCAAGCCCAAGCCCAAGAUCGACCCCACCCAGGAUUUGCAGAGCCAUCUCAACAAGCUCUUUGCCAUGACCGACAUGCCCUACGCUUUCCGUCGCCCUGGUGGUCUUGCCGGACCUUCUUCUGCGGACCGCACUGUGCCGCCCGCCCUGCAGCCACAGACCCUGCCGCCAUCACAGCAUCAGCAAAACGUGCAACCCCACUCGAGUGUCUUCAACAUUCCUGACCAGUAUCCAUCCUUUGAUCCCUCGGUGCUCCAGCAAUCAUCCUCCACGUCCAACCAUUUGCACAUGCAGCACCAGCAAGCUUUGCCGCCAGCGCAGCAGUCCGCAGCUGCUUUCUCGCUCAACGAUCCCAUGCACGAUCCUUUCGCGUCCAUGCCUGGCUUCCAAGCUGGCGGCUUCCUGCCUUACCAGCUUCCCGACGCCGCCCAUCAGCCGCAUCAAUUGCUUAUGCAGCCCCAGCUUACGCAGCCAAAUGAACAAGAUCAACAACAUCAACAUCAACAACAGCAGCAGCAGCAGUUCCGUCCGCUUCCGCAAGGCUCACAGCAGCAACAAGCUCAGCUCAACAGCUUCAGCAACACAACCUUGCAGCACACGCCACUUCAGCAGGCCGCUCCCGUCAGUUCCGCUGCGCACUUGAGCAAUGCCACGUCUCCGCCGGGACAAGUUCAUGCAGACGCAGCGCGCACCUCGUCGGCGGUCUCGCCGGUGUCCAACCAGAGCCCUGGUGUAUGGGGUCGCGUCGAGGAUGCAAUGGCUGCCUACCAUGCCAGCUCUGUGGCUGCGACGAGCUCAUCGAGCCAAUCGAGUUCUUCCCGUCACGCCUCCAUCGACAACGUCUCCGAUGCCGCCAAGGUGAACCAGUUCUCUUUCAAAACUUUGAACGCCGCUGCCGCCGAAGCCGGCAGCGUCAAGACGCUUCUCACCGACUACUAUCGCUACCUCUACCGCUUCAUCCCCAUCUUGCCGCCUCCCAAGCACGUUGACGUUCUCAUCACAUUCUUCAAGCCUGAUUCAGCUUUCAUCUACGCGCUCCAGUGCGUCUUGCCCCUGUUGCGCGACGAGAUCCAGCCCAUCGGCGCCAUGCAUAAGCUUUCGGGUCAGGGCAUCAAUUUUGGUUCCGAAGAAAAGAAGGCAGCGCUGCGCGAGCGAACGCUCAACUUCGAGCGCAAAGCCAGCGACGGCCUCGAUCGGCUGCUCGAGCAGGCAGACAACGACGAAACGGGUGAAAAGAUGCUCGAGGCCAUCCAGACGCUGUGCGUGCUCGUCGUCUACGAGUACGGAAGCGGACGAGCCAUCAAAGCACGCCUCAAGGCCGACCAGGCGCUCGGUCUCGCCAUGGGUCAAGGUCUGCACAAGCUGAGUCACAAGACCUCUCCGAACGAGACCAAGUCGGCGCGCAGCAGCUUUGCUUACGUGUCCAACGCCGGUCACCCGCUCACGUCGAUGGGCGUCGACGCCAACGACGUCUUCGAGAUGCGCAAGCGUUGCUGGUGGUCGGUCUGGAGUCUGGUUCUGUGGGCCGCCUACAAUACAGGCCGCAUUCCCACCAUCCGUGCUGACGAUCCACGCGUCAAGAGUGAGAUGCCCACGGCAUCGGCCCCCGAUGUAUGGACAUCCAACAUCAGCUCGUUGCAGGCGCUCCUCCUCGUUCAGGACCGUGUCCUGGCGCUUGCCCAGCACGGCCAGUCGUCCGACGGCACUCUGCGCUACGAGCCACCACAAAGCAACGAAGUACUGGCAUCGCCUGCUUCCUCGGCCAGCUCGCCCUUUGGUUUCGGUCGACUCGGCGCUUCCAGAUCCGGCUCGGUGAGCAGCGACGACGUGCCUGCCAACUUCUCGACCCUCCCCACAAGGGCCACACGACAGGAGAUCCUCGACAGCAUGCUCGAGAUCGAUACGUUCCUGCAAGACCAGAUCCGUAUCCACGAAAGCACCGAGGCGCCCGAUUCACCUUUGCCUUCGGAGGUGCCGACGACGGGCAACCUGGCGCACGUCGAAAAGGAGCUCGAGGAUUCGCUCCGCAUGGCCGCCGCGGUGCAGCUGUACACGUCGUCGCUCACGCUGCACAUCGGACAGGCUUUCCAGGGUGCCUCGCUGUUUGAACGCAAGCUGUGCUUCCUCAAUUCGAUCAAGGACACCAAGGACGGUGCGAACUCGGCUGUUUGCCGCGAACCCAUGCCCGUCCUCGCACACGACGGCUCGCUCGACCUGUCUGCGUACGCAAAUGGAGGAGACGGCGGCAAUGCCGUGGUCGGUGUCACGUCCACAGAUGGCGGCGCCCAACCGAUCUCUUUGACGCAGCAGGACCUGUACGCUCGCGGACCCUUCUUGCCAAGGCUCUCGUUGCAGCGAUGCGUCCACGCCAGCCGGCAGCUGCUCGACAUUGCCAAGCGCCGCCAUGGCCAGUCGGUGAAUCCAAAUCCGUUCAACUGCUGCAGCUUCGUGCUGAUCAGCUUUGUGCUGCUCAUGCAGGCUUUGGCUGUGCACGGAGGCUUUGCGGGUGAGAGUGGUGCGGAUGAUUUGAACGACCAGGCGGUCGAUCAGCAACAGCAGCAGUCCAUGUCGAUGGAUACCCACGGUCACGGAGAGUACGCCAACGACAGUUUGCAACGAGUGCUCGAGCAUACCGGCGACGACGAUGCUAUGAACGGCGACUUUGAGCCGUCAGUCGAUCCUGUCAAGCAGGCCCAGCUGCGAGACAUUUGGGGUCGUGUGCGCGAGGCGCGUGACACGCUCAUGGAUCUGGGCAAGCACUGGGAGGCGGUGGUGCCCAUGGCGGACGAAGUCAAUCUUUGUCUCGAGACGUCGCAGCUGCUUCUCAGCAAUGCCUACUGA